AUGCCUCCAAAACGUGGAAAGGAUGAUCAGAGGCACAGACAACACAGGAAAAGGACGAAGUCAGAGGAUGAACGCUAUCAUAAACGGCAUGUGAUUGAAGUUAACUGGGCUAUACCAAAAGAAAAGGCUAAAUCUAUCUACAAAGAAGUACAUACCAUCGAAUAUGCUCAAGCACUGUACCAAAGAGCUCGGGAAGAUAUAAGUCCGCAGCAGACACCUCUACCAGACCCACAACACCGAACACCAAUCUACCAAAUCAAGAAGUCUAAAGACUUGCUAGCCGCAGACCAAAACCGUCCCAGUGCGUCAUUACGCAGUCUUUUCAAUGAAAUCAAGAGAAAGAGUACGACGGUGCAGGACGUCCGUUACACCCUCGCUCAUCUCGAGCAAAAUUUCAAUGAAGAGGACCAGAACAUUGCCGUAGUGCUUUCGCGGGCGGAGAACGAUGAUAUUUUUGUCCUCAAUGAAGAUGAACGACUAGAAGUAACCGUUAAUAACACGCACGCCCAUAUUAAUCUUGUUCGACGGUCAUCUUCGAAGACUAAGGGUCUGAUGGGUUAUUUCAUUCAAUUGCCUCGCGAGAUCACAGUAACAGUUAACGGCACUACAUACACUAACAGCGACGACUUACCGUCCACGCCUUUCUACAUUGGGCCACUCGAAGGGUACGCGAUCAUCGAGCUACUAUCGCAGCCUGUCUUCUUCUUCAGGACUAGGGACAGUUUGAGACAACUAGCGUCAAGUAGAGUGGUCGCUAGAGAAGAGCUUAAUCGUCGAGAUCGAAAUGGCAAUGUUGCUAUGGAGAAUAUUGCGGUGCGAUGGAGACCAGUCGCAGCUCUUUCAUCAAGGAAAGAAUCCGGAAGCGAAGGGAAUGCAGGGGACACGGAAGGUACGGAAGCCGUAGAAAGCAUAGCAAGCACUGAAGAUCAAGAAGGUGAAGGAGACCUAGAAGAUAUGAGAGAUUGUUUCUAUGUGCGAGCUCGAUUGUCUACUCAUCGAUCUGUUCGAUAUGCUGAACUUAUUCCUAGGGUGCUUGCUGCUGUGAAUCAGCGACAAUCAGAUGGUAUUGAGUUCAGUUACCAGCUUCAGGGGCGAGAUUUCGGACCGGGAAGAACACUGCUGGUGCCACUCGACAUAGACGGAAACUACAUUCUGCUAGCUGCUCAAUAUCAGCCUGGCAGGCAGAUCAAUCUCACAGUCCUCGAUCCUAUGACAUGGCGAACAACACUGAGUAUUCGAACCUCCAUUUUCCAUCGUGCAAAGGAAUUACUGCUCAACAGCACGUGGUGCCAAGAUAUGUUUGACCCAUCAAACCACAUGAUCGACAACCUUCCCGCUGAUGCUGAAUGGAUCCCGACUGCGCAAAUCACCACCAGCGAUGGAAGCUUCAUAUAUACUGUACUGAACGCGUGGGCACUGGCUAUGGGUCUCGAACCUAACCCUUCGUUUACCCCCAGCCUCUACGGUUACGAGUCUUUCUUCAUCCAAGCCCAGCAGAUUUUUGAUCUAGCCCUCCAAGGCGAAUUGACAUGGAAGGUCUUGCUCGCUUUCUGCCAGUGCGCCAAAUUUGUUAAAUCGGUCGAUGUCAAAGGAGCAGACGGAGAGGUUAAAUUUGUGGAAAGGUUGCGCCAAUUUGAUCUGCGCAAGUGCUCCUUUCAGGAUCUUAUCACUCGCCAAACAGUCUCAAAUACUAAAUCUGAAGGCAAGAUCGACAUGGAAUCGACCACUUUUGGCUUCGAACACGGUAAGCGACACCGCCAAAAGUUCGCUUCCGACUCCCUGAGCGAGCGCGAGAGGCGUGAUCUCGAUUCCAUCGUUCGGGAGGGUAGAUGGACAUUCACAGAUACAGUAGAAGAGCUGAGAACAUUUUUGAAAGAACGUGCGCCGCCAGCUGCGUCACUUCCACUACCACAAAAUCCGUAUGUAGACACUGAACCAGUUGCUAAUGAGUUCGAUUGUUGUCUCCAUCUUCAUACGGAGUUACAAAAGCUUUUUGAGGAAGAGAAGAUCAUGAAGGGCGUCGAGACCGGGCUCGAGGAAGCGACAAUACCCGCUUUAAUACCCAGUGAAGUCUACGACAGUAUCGAGGCUGUUGGACGAGCUAUCAAUGAUAUACUUCCACCCAGUCAUGGCUUUACAUUGGGGGAAUAUAAUGGUGUAAUCAAGCAUUCAGACGGAAAGAGUUCUGGAUGCUUGGACGAUGUAGUCUUGAUGCUUCACCAGAAAGAGGCAGAAGAAGGGCAUUUUACACUAGUAGUUUUACAACACGAGAACAAAGCAGACUACCCUUGUGCUGUAGCGCGUGUUUUGGACUCUGCACCGUGGACUUUCACGUCGAAAGAUCGCAUCCAUUUGCAUGGGCUACUGCAAAAUUCUGGUCGAUUGGAAGUUGGUACUCAUCCCGGUACAACUCAAACCAGGACUAUUGUAGGAUCAGUUCUGACAUGGAUGCACGGACCCCAGCAAUCUCGGGCGGAGGAAUCUGGAUACUUCGCCAUUAUGAAUUCGUGGGCCGUACUGCUUGGUCUGCCUAUCAACAACGAUUUCUGCCCAAGAAAAGGCUUCUUCCAGGAAACAUUCUCUCUCAUACAAGCAGUGAAGAAUGGAAAUGCGGACUGGAAACUGAUCUGGGCGUUCCUACUCUGUGUGGGCUAUAUCCACUCUACGCAAUUACCUCCACUGGAGCGCCGUUUCAGGACUACCAGGAAACCGAAUCCCUAUGAGCGCAGGAAAACAGACCAAGAAAGAACACUCCGGGCUACUGGCGCCCGUCACAACAUUAACUACGAUCAUUUCCUAGUGGAUACAGGCUUAGCGCAUAACGAAACCUUCCCAUGGGAUGAUUUCGACGAGGCCGACAGAAGUACACGGAUAUCUGAGAUGAUCAAGGCAGGAAAGUCUACCAGAUUUCUCUCGCCACAGAUAGAACGUGCAGUACAGAAAUUAUCUCACAGAGACAAAGAAACGCCUUGUGCUCAAUUUAAUGGUAGGCUUAACGAAAUCCUGGAGAACGAAAAGAACAAGACUCAACUUGAAGCUUUCCGAGAUUCUAAGAAUCUCACUACUGUCUUUGGACAAUGGCUAGAAGAUGAGGAAUUAUCACUCGCUAUUGCUUCCGUCACCAUUGCGAUCACCAAUGCUCAACAAGACUAUCUACGUGGGUUUGGUUUUAUCACGCAAACCUAUGUUGAACUCAUAAAAAACAAUGUUCCAGGUGCUAUGCGGACGCCGCGCCCAGGAAGGCCGUUACUAGUACCGGUUCAUGUCGAAGAACAUUUUGUGUUACUCGUCAUUCAGCUCGAUGACAAAAAUGAGCCAGAAUUUUCAGUGUUGGACUCGAAAGCAUACCAUAUAACGCCUGAUGGUCGCAAAAAAAUACACGAAUGGGCCUGGAAAUUUGUUCUCGAGUCAAUGUGGCUGGAAAAAGUUUUUCCAGCAUCUCAGUGGCAAGACCAUAAGCCUGCGCACACAACUUGGGUUCCUGUAUCCCAACAGCCUAGCGACUAUGAAUGCGGUUAUUAUACUAUCAUGAACGGUUGGACUCUCGCACUUGGUCUGACUCCAGAUCCCAAUGCAAACAUUGAGUGGUCGGAUAGAUUUUACGGUGACCUGCAAGAUGUCAUACACCUAGCUCGUAUCGGUCGAGCAGACUGGAGCUUGAUCUACAGAUUUCUCGUAUGCUACGGCUUUGUUCUCUCUGGAGAAGUAUCGGCCGACCGGCGUUUUACUCAUACCACGGCACUUUUGAAUGAAGGAAGUGUCGAAGAAGCACGGGAGUAUAUCAUUCAGUUAGAGGACAUUCAUUUUGCGGGUAUGGAUACUGAAAUGCUAGAUGUAAAUGAACUGGGGCAUGCCAACAGGAUUUGGCUACCUCCAGGCAGACAACAUGACAGUAUCGGAGCCUUUCCGUCCGAUGACUGGAGCCCGGACGCUUGUAUGGACUAUGCCAACGACUUGGCUCGGAAUGGAAGGUUGAAUCUGGACUUCAACAAAACUCAGCUUGAGGAGGCCCAUGCAGAUUUGUGCGAUGUUCGAGGAUUAGCACUUAGAAAGCAACUUGAGAAAGACGAUAUAAGACCUGAUCGUCAGUUUCGUAUGACAGACUUCUGGGGAAACGAGAAUUCCUUGGCCGAUAAGAUUCGGGAGAAUGAACAAAAUGAAAUCACUGUCUCAGCGAUGUCUGAGGCGGACCUACCUUACGAUAAAGGUAACAAUCCUGUACAUUGGACGAACGCUGCGUUGAAGAAAAGAAAGGCGAAGACAGAGGUGAACAACAAAAAGGGAAACAAAAAGCACAGUUUGUGGAGAAGCUACGAUGACCCAGAUCUGGGUUUCUUUGGUCACCCUAAAUAUACGACCCAGAAGCUUGGUGGGGGAUCUCAGAUUCGACAUGGAUAUGGUGGAAGGGGACAAGCUGCUACGAUCAACAGUAAGAAGCGCAAGCCAGGAGAGAAAUCUGGUUACUGUGAGGCAUUCACACGCGAUACACAGCUUGAUUGUGACAUGGAGCUUGUCGAAGAAGAGAAGAUUGGGGAGCGAGAAGGCGGGCUGGGCUUUGUGGAAGUGAUGAUGGAUAGUACUUUGAUUGAAGAUCUACCUAUCAAAUACCGCAUCAGCAGUAUGCCGACAUUGUUGGCGUUUUCGCGACAAGAGGCGCAGUUUGAUACCAGGUUGACGCGGCCUGAGGAGAUGCGUAAUAAGGACUUUUUGAGGGAGUGGCUGGUUAGGGAGGCACAGAGGGGAGGCAGGAUGGGUGGAGGUGGGGGGAGCAUGUUUGGUACGAAGGAGGACGGAAACGAAGGCAAAGAAGGUGAAGGAAAAUGA